UGUAAAUCAGUGCAGUUGCUUCAAGAAAUUCCUAAGCUCCUUGCGCCACUUCCUUUUAAGUAACAGUGUAACUACCUAUGACUAACAGUGUAACGGCGGACGUGCGUAGUGGGUGUGUCUAAUAGAUAUUAUAUAACACCAGAAAAUAUUAUGUAAAUAAGGGAGCAAUGAACAGGAAAUAGUGGAGAAACGGAACUUUUUCAGGCAACUGUACCUUUUUUUGGUGAAAAGCAUACAUGGAGAAGAAUUCUGCCCCUACGGCUCAGGACCACACCUCCUACCUCCCAGGGUUGGCCGUCCGAGCAGCCGAGCCGCCGGUGCCGCCUGGCGAAGACGUCUACGACACGACGACGGAGCCGCCGGGGGAAGUCCUCAUCCUGAGCUACGACAAGUUCUGCGACGACGACCGCAGGAACGACGGCUCUCUCAGCGACGUGAAGAAUCUGACCCAACUCUUUACGCAGAUGGGGUAUGGAUUGCAAGCAGAAUGGAACCUCUCUAGAGUAGACACUAUUCGCACUAUUAAGGCCUUCAGUGCGAAUAAGCGAUUGAAGAAAGCGGGCUGUGUGAUCGUCAUUGUUCUGAGCCACGGGAGAGACAGACGAACCUUCUACACGUCCGAUGGGAGGCCUCUGAGAGUCGACAGUGUGAGGGACUUCUUCCUGGAGGAGGCGUGCCCGCACAUGAAAGGCAAACCGAAGAUUUUCCUCUUCCAGAUGUGCAGAGGAGAAGACGAACCGACGGAAGUCGUGACAGACAGCAUCGACGCCGUGAGAGAACCGCCCAGGAACAUGAUGGCUAUUUACAGCACUACUGAAGGCUUCGUCAGUGUUCGCCACAAGGACUUUGGCUCACCCUUCGUCAACGCCUUCUGCGAGAUUUUGGCCAAAGAGGCGUGGCACCUCAGCCUGGACGAGCUCCUGAGGAAGAUUCAGAAGCGUUACAACACCGAGGGAUUCGGAGCUGUGAUCGAUAAGCAAGACUUCCACUUCAUGAAACGAUUUUAUUUCAAUCCCAGACGCCGCUGUGUCAGCUGAAGUUCUUUGUUAUGCUUUAUCAUACAUUGGAUCCUCGAAAAUUUAUUAUGAAAUAAAUAAUUGAAUAGUCAUACCAUAAUACAAAAAAUAUAUGGAGAGAUAAAAUGAAUUGGAUUGUAUAAUUACGCUUAUUAGGAAUCAAUAUCAGCACUUAAAACUAUUGUAAUGAUACCAACAUAAACGCCAUAUCGAAAUUUUAUACCUUUUGUACAGCAUGAAAUUAAUAUUGCUCUAAUUAAACAUUAUUUCAUG